AUCCCCGUCAAGAUGGCUGCGAAUGUGCAGUCGAUGUGUCAGUAUUGGAAAACAUUCGAUUUGCAAGAGCUACAGAAAGAACUUGACACAACUGCAACCGAACUAGCAAGCCGCCAGGAUGAUAGUGAUAUUAGUAGGAAACGAUUAGUGGAACAAAGUCGAGAAUUCAAGAAAAACACACCGGAGGACAUCCGAAAAGUUGUAGCUCCCCUCCUGAAAAGUUUCCAAGGUGAGAUCGAUGCCUUAUCAAAGAGAAGCAAAGCAGCUGAAGCAUCUUUCCUGACAAUCUAUAAAAGACUCAUUGAUCUGCCAGACCCUGUGCCGGUGCUAGAGCAUGCCCUUCAACUCCAGAAACGAGCUCACAAAUCACAGGACCUUGAGAUAGAAAACAAGCAACUGAGAGAAACAUUAGAUGAUUACAACAAUGAAUUUGCUGAAGUGAAGAACCAAGAAGUUACUAUCAAGCUGCUGAAAGAAAAACUCAAAGAAUAUGAGGACAAAAUGGAAGUUGCUUCCCAGGCGAAGGCCAAGGAGAAAGAACGGGAACUGCAGAGAUUGUUUGCUGAGAAGGAACAACAACGACAAGAAAGUCAACUGUCGGUCGCCAAGAAACUAGGGGAAGCUGAACACAAGGUGGCAACACUGCAAAGUGCACUUGACACAACCCAGUCUGAGCUGUUCGACCUCAAGUCAAAGUAUGAUGAGGCUACCUCAGCCAAAUCUGAUGAGAUGGAGAUGGUGAUGGGGGACCUUGAGAGGGCCAAUGAGCGCGCUGCAGCAGCGGAGCGUGAAGUUGAGCAGCUGAAGCAUCAACUCGUCUCAGCGACCCAAAAUCUCCACCAAGCCGAGCAGAUGCAACAAGCGCCAGAUAUGGAACAGGCUAUUGAUAUUCUCAAACGAUCCAGUCUCGAGGUGGAGUUAGCAGCUAAGGAAAAAGAGAUUGCUCAGUUGGUUGAGGACGUUCAACGAUUGCAGGCAUCGGUGAAUAAGCUGCGUGAUGUCAGCAGUAGUCAGAUAAACAAGCUGGAAGAGGAGCUCGCUGCCAAAAACCAAGCAUUCAAGCUGCUGGAGGAGAAGCUCGAGACCCAGGAAGACUAUGAAGAAAUGAGGAGGGAAUUAGAGAUCCUCAAGUCAAUCGAGUUCUCAAAUUCCUCCGACGAGUCGAUUGAGUCUACCAAGGGCAAGAGUCUGGAGAUGUUACUGAUGGAGAAGAACAGGGCCCUUCAGAGUGAGAACACACAAGUCAAGGUUGCCAACAAUGAGAUAUCAGGGACUAGUGGCAAUGAUGUGAAUGGCACUGAGGUGAAAAGCGAGAGCCCCACAGAUUUAAGUAACACGGACAAAUUUGCAAGCUUUUUGGGCGAGGAAAUAGCUGCGACGUAUCAGGAGUCGUCGUCGUCACCACAACCCGAGUCAAACAGUUCGACCGCUGGUGAAAAUACUGUAAUCAAGGAUGAGAUGAAAGUCGACGAACCAGCAUUGGAUUCUGUGGAUUCGGUUGAAAUGAAUGGUGACGUUGACUCUGCGUCUGACAAUGGUGCUGACAUGACUGAGAUUCAUAGAGAGGUAGAUAAAGACGUUGACACAGUGCCUGAAGAGGUCGAGGUGGAUAAUGAACCGGAGAAAAAUGUUCUCGAUGAUUCGCCGUCAUUUGAGAUCAACACUGCUGAGGUCUCUCAGCAAAUCCGGGAGGUUAUGAGUGCGCAUAAUAUUGGUCAGAAGCAUUUUGCUAAUCAUGUACUAGGACUAUCACAAGGGACUUUGAGUGACUUGUUGUCAAAGCCCAAAUCUUGGGAUCAGUUGAGUGAGAAAGGACGUGAUUGGUAUCGUAAGAUGUACCUCUGGUGCCUGGAUGAGAGGAAUGUUUUAGCUCUCAAGGCUAUGGCCUCGCGCAAAGCCUCUCGUGAGUACCCACCUCCAGAGGACUUGGAGGCAUUCGCGAACAUGUAUCAAGGACAGAAUCUCGCAGCGUAUCAGAUGUCGAACUCAGGAUCAGAACCAUCGACACCACCUGUGCUGCCACGUGGUGUCAAGCUGGAGAAGUCCAUGGACUCGUCAAUGGACUCCUCCAGUCUUAACGGAGAAAAUAGUGUGCUAUCCGAACAAAUAGAUGGCGUCGCCUUACAAAAACUACAAACUAUUGCUCAGAAAGAGAGUAACAAUUCACCUGCGUUAAACACGGCUGAUGUGUCACAAAAGAUCCGGGAGAUAUUAUCAACGCAUAAUAUAGGGCAGCGGCUGUUUGCUAAACAUGUGCUAAGUUUGUCUCAAGGGACGGUCAGUGAACUGUUGUCGAAACCCAAACACUGGGACAAGUUGACGGAGAAAGGACGUGAGUCGUAUCGGAAAAUGUUUGCUUGGUCUCUGGAUGGGAGGAAUGUGAUGGCCUUGAAAGCCAUAUCACCAAGAAAAGGUUCAACACCUAUAACAUCGCCAUAUAAGCACGAGGACUCACAAACUGAGGAAAGAAUUGCUCAAAUCUUGAGUGACGCCCAGACAGCUAUGCAGGCCAAACAAGCACAGGAAAAGGUAUACAUGCAUGAUGUUCACAUGGCUACUCAUAUGGUGAACAGUAUCUAUCAACAAGAACUGGCCAAGAUGGCUCAUAACUCAAGCUUUAAUGGUGCUUCUCCGUAUCAUAUGGUGGCAGACAUGCCACAGGAACGACAGAAGGAGCGGCCGAGGGAGAAGGAUAAGGAGAAUCGUGGCCAUAAGAAGGAACGACGGGAGAGGAGUCGCACGUCAGAGGAACAGCGCCAUCAAGAUGAUGCGGGUAUGUCAGAGGAGAUUGUGAGAAGAAUUUAUCAGAAGGAGUUGGAGAAGUUGGCGCAGGCUGCUCAGAGUAUGGGCAAUAUGGCCGAGUGUCGUAUGUACCAGCAGGAGUUGGCACGUCUGGCGCAGAAUGCCCAGCAUGAAGAGCAGGUGCAGGCACAUCAUGAGAGGGAGCGGGAGAAACAGAACCACCACAUGGCUCAGCAUCAUCAUCCUCAUCAUCCAAUGCACCAAGAUAUCAAACCGCAUCUUAAUAACAAUCAUUAUGACUUUCACAUCAAAAAUGAACCCCUUGAUCUCUCCGAUCACAGCUCACAUCUAAAGAGCCCACAAAACCAAUCAGAUACUCAAUCCAAUUGUAGCGAUAGUACGCAGGACGCUGCCAGGCAUGCUGGGAGUGCUUUCUGCUUGGUGCGGCCGAAAUCUGAAGGCAUGCCAUUGGAUGCGUCAUAUCCAAGCAACUCAAUGUCACCGCUGCAACACAUGCAGACGAUCGCUAACUCUUUGGUGUCCAAGUCUCAGAUGCCGUUUCCCCCUCAGAAACCUCUCAAAGCUGUGCUGCCACCUAUCACUCAAGAACAGUUCGAUUGUUACUCGACGAUCAAUACGGAUGACUUGGUCAAGCGUGUGAAAGAAACUCUCAGUCAAUACUCUAUCAGUCAGAGAUUGUUUGGUGAACAUGUCCUGGGCUUGUCACAGGGGAGUGUGAGCGACCUUCUCGCCCGGCCUAAACCAUGGCACAUGUUGACGCAGAAAGGUCGUGAGCCAUUCAUACGAAUGCAGAUCUUCCUGGAGGAUGCUGAGGCAAUCCCGAAGCUCGUUGCAAGCCAGUAUAGGAUUGCCCCUGACAAGCUCAUGAGGAGUAACGCCAUGUACUUGGCAAAUCAUGUAGCAGCAGCGAAGGCUGCGGUUAAAGUAGAGGAUGUACCUCCUCCACAACCUCCGCCUCCUCCGCCUCUACCGACGCCUGUACGUAACGUCAAGAAAAAAUCCCGCUCUCGAACUUCUUCACCUGCUGAUAAAUUCCCACCUAACCACCAGGCUAACCACCAUCGAGUGCCGGUUGUUAGUCACGACCACCAGGCUAACCACCAUCGAGUACCGGUCGUUAGUCAUAACCACCAGGCUAAUCAUCAACGAGUACCGGUCGCUAGUCACGACCACCAGGCUAAUCAUCAAAGAAUACCGGUCACUAGUCACGACCACCAGGCUAACCAUCAACGAGUACCGGUCGUUAGUCACCCUCAGGAAAAUUCUGAAGUUCCAGUAGCCAAGUACUCAGCAGCGAGCACACCACCAUGUCCAGUAGCGUGUCCACCUCCACUACUAUGCCCACCUUAUCAUCCAACCAUGUACGAGCUGAAUGCUCUCACCAACGAAUUAGACACUCUUGCCAUUACGAGCCAAGUGAAAGAAGUCCUUCAGGCCAAUAAUCUCGGACAGAGGUUAUUUGGUGAAGCCAUCUUGGGUUUGUCGCAGGGAUCCGUUAGUGAAUUGCUGUCAAAACCUAAACCUUGGCAAAUGUUGAGUCUGAAAGGCCGGGAGCCUUUUAUCAAGAUGUUCAAAUGGUUGAAUGAUCCACUUAAUGUGGACAGGCUACGCUCAUAUCAAGCUGAACAGAAAGCCCACCGUAAGAGGAAGAAUCACCAUAUCAGUCAAGCUGAGGAUCAGUCCCUGGAGAAUACAAAUUCUUCAGGUGGUGUACCCAUGAAGAAAGCCCGCGUCUUCUUCUCUGAGGAACAGAAGGAGACGCUUCGUCAAACAUAUCUACAAGACCCAUAUCCUAAUCAGAGCACAAUAGAGGCCUUGGCCAUGCAGCUUGGUGUUGCUCCAAAAACUGUCAUCAAUUGGUUCCAUAACCAUCGCAUGCGAACAAAGCAGCAAGCUCACCCGGGAACACCCACCAAUGAUAACGGGUCAGAUGCAGAAAACUCACAGGCGAAAAACGAAGAUGGAGAAAACAUGUCUGAUAAUAGUGAACUAUCAAAUGAUUAUAAUCAGUACAUGCAUUCUCAGAGUCGGGAAAUGACUCAGUGGAUGUUCCCAUCUUUUGAACCUGUAAACUUGAGUCGGGCUUCGUCGGCGAAUUCGUUUGAAAGUAAUCAUUUGAUGGAUAAUGGCAGCAAUGCAAAAGACUCUGACUCUGAGAGUCUAUGUAACGGUGCCGAUGGACAGAGACGAUUAUCGCUGUCCGCAUCGAAUCGGCGCAAGUCGGCUAAACCACAGUGGGUGUAUCAGGGGAUACAGUUGGAUAAAUCACAGCGACAGGACGGGAUGGAUCUACCAGUGAUGAGUGAAGGGAGUGAUGUGUUGACCACGCAGGGUGACCACAGUGAGCGGUCUACCCCUGCUACUGCCACGUCGGUUCACAGCCAUGACAGUCGGCUGGAAGUAGACGAUCUCUCAAAGGAUGGAUCACCACGCGAUACCAAGAUCAAGAAGCUACAGAAAGCGAUUGAGCGGUCUGAGCUGGAGUGGGAAGAAGUGGACCGCUCAGAGAAGAUAUCACGGCUGGAGAAGAACCUUCAUGAAGAGAAUGGAAGAAAUGAAGGCUGGGAAUUUUAAUGCCGCAUACAUUUAUUAGGUGGCCAUAUUUCACUUUUUGGCAGCCUUAUGUGAAGUAGGCAGCCAUUUUCUGGUUGUGUGACAUUUUCUGCCUUGACUUGUUCUGUUCUAACCCAAGUGUUGUGUGCUCACUUGGGACGUGUCAAGGCGUGUUGGUGCUUUAUCAUGGAUCAGCCCAGCAUGUGUGUUGGUGAUUGUGAUGUCCACGGAGAAGCCCUGCUCAUGUUUUCCAUUGAGGUCUUAUCUGCUUCUCCUGGACGGCUGGUGUAUUCCCUCGGGUUGGUCUAUGUCUUCAUAUUGCCUUCUUCCUAAAUUUUGUACUGUGAAGGUUUCUCGACUGUUGAUCUAACUUUUUGCAUGUGUUGUUUGUUGCUCAUCUCGCACAAGUCUCAAAACACUUGCAUCAGAAUCUCGCUACACAACCAUGUAUCUUUUAUUUUUCAUUACUUAAAAAGAUAAUGCUGCUAUACAGUGAUGUUCUGUUGCAACUGUUUUGAUUCUAUGUCAUCUUCCUUCUCACCAUUUAUCUCCAUUUUGCACAGAUCUAUAUUUUCUGAAAAGUUUUGUUCUGUUUUCUGGUGGACAUUCAAGUGGCACAUAUAACUUUAACAUGUGUUCAUUGUGUAUUUGUAUUAAGUAGAAUAGGAUCAUUACUUGGCCUAUUAAAGCGUUGAGGUCAGUAUGAUCAUCUUGGUGGGCAGGUGCAGUUUGUUUACACACGUAGCAUUCUCUAAUGACCUUACUUAUAAACAGUCAGCAACUUCAGGUGAAACAGGCCUGGACGUCUGCGUAAAAAAACUGCAUCUUCCGUUUUAAUAUCUGGCAAAUAUCUUAAUCUUCCUAACUCAGUAUUCUUGCAUUUUACUUCUAUAUUACUUUACUCUUUAGUAUAUCAAUUAGAUGAGUAUCAGUGUCGAGUAUUUCAUUUCAAGACACAAGUUUACAUCCGUUGUCAGAGCGGGUGACCUAGGCUGUAGAUUGAAUACUUUCUCAUAACUUCUUGUGAUUUGAAUGUCAUUUCAAACAGACACUUUGUGCUGUCUUGCCAGAACGCUACUGUUCUUCAAAUUUUACCUCAAACUAUUUCUCAAAUUAAUGGACACUUUGUAUUAUGGAAUUUCAGAUCUGCAUAUAAAUUUUUAUCAUCCCGUGUUGUGAAGUUAUAUUUUCUAUGGUUCAAAUAUCUUCUCAAGUCCACAGUUGUAUAUUCAUGUGACUUUCUAACUCUGCGUCUUUGUAAAGUAUUACUCCUCUCACCGUUUUCUGCCUUAUCCAUUCUCAUGAGACAUUUGCAUCGAUCAUUUCAAGAAAGAGAGAGCUUUGAUCCAGAGUUGGCGGCUGAGGGUGAACCAGUGUAGGGCCAGUCAAGAACCUGCAUGACCAAUCCUUGAGGUGUCACUGAUUCUGGCGUUGCCUCAUAUCAGAGUCAGUGUGAUGUGCUAUGUGUGUUUCAAGUGUAAGCACCCUGCUAAAAUGUUUGCAGCACCACCAUCCUGACAUGGUUUAUCAUGCAUAAGGUUCCUCAUUGAUGGUCUCAACUUGACUUAUACACAUUUCUUACAGUAGAUUUUCAGAUAAGACAACUUUUCAAGUCAGUAAAAGUGUCGUAUGAUGGUAACUCCUGAAAGAAUGACACAUUUUACAGAGUUUUCUUUGAAUAUGAUUACCUUUUGAUAAUGCAGACGUCUCAGUCACUCUUCUGCUGAACCCUUCAAAGCUAUCACGUACAAUCCAACAGUCAGGAUAUCCUGUGUUCUCCAAGCAGUCAUCGGCAUUUCUUCAUCUUGGUGUCUGAAGAGCUGGCAUCACAGUUUGGCAAUGGAGCAGAUUCGACUGAAAUACUUCUUUUUCAUCUCUUUUACCUAUUCAUUGUCUGGAAUCUCUCUCAUCUGUCUGAAUACGGAUGGUAAACAACUUUUGGAUGGUUUUGAAACUUCGUCAAAAUCACAUACUGCCAGAAUGGAGAAUCUCUGAAUUGGUUCUGAAGCCAAUUGCAAUGUAAUCUCAAGUUACAAUUAAAUGUUGUACGAUGUCAUUUGUGUGUGUCUAUCCAUUGCCAGACAGUGAUGUCGUAUCACAAUAGUCGUUCAAAACAGAAAUUACUUGUAUCGCGUUAAAAUCAUUAUUCUUUGUUGUACAGCUUUUUGUUGUAUCAUGGAAUAAAAGAUUAUCAGUUUUUUUUUAACAACUGCAUUGCCUGCUAGUACUUUGUGGAUGUAUUUUGGAUUGUUAAAGUCAUUUCACUCAAAAGUUUUAGGCAGUGUCAACUUGAAAUAAGCUAAAAAUGACAUGUUCCAUUUAUUAAUCAGAGCAGACAAGAAUAAUGAUCUUAAUUUGAUAGUAUAUUGUGCUAAUCUGGGAUUGCAUUUAUUUCAUGUUGAGCUGGGCUGGUGGUGUCUAACCUUAUUAACACUGCACGUAUAUUGGUGCCAUGUCAUUGUGUCAUUAUCAGUACUGCCAAACUGAGAGAAUUCAAAACCGUUUUUAAAAUUCCAUGAAUUGUUUUCAUUGAAACUUUAUCACCAUUGUAGGUUUAUAACAGUGGGUUUAAAGCAUUUUACUGUUACAUUUGUCAUGUUGUCAUUUUCAUCAUGAAAUAUUUUUCAUAUUUAACCUUUUCACAUUGAGAAUGAGUUUUCAAGUUUUCAUGUGUGAUUUUAUUUGAAAGAGUGUUCACGAUUUAGAUCUUGUCAAAAUUAUGACAUCAUUUCUCCUAAUCUGAUGGUAAAACGUGUUGUGCUACACAGCAUGUUUUAGAAUAAGUUGGAAUCACUUGUUUAUAUACAUAAAUUUAUCGAUCCAAGAGGUCUUUUUAAGGAACAAACCAAUUCAGUCUCACAAGACUCUACAAAGAUGGCUAAGCAUUUGACUUUGGUUCACUGUAAACUAUUUUCUUCAAUGUUUGACUUGUGAAAAGGUUAAAUGCUUUACACUUUCAUUCCAGUGUUUGUGUUUUCCCUGUUGUGCUUCGAUUAACUCUGUGAUGAUAGUUGUUUGGAAAAAAACUUGAGAAAUUAGAACAAAAUCAUGACGUCAUAAUGUCGCAUUAGGCCAUUAGCGGCCUUUCUCUAUAUUUUUGAAACUUUACCGUUCAGAGUUUGUCUCUCCUAAUAUAAUCGUCAUGGUUCACCUUUGCUCCAACAUUCCCUGUGUAUGCUUCAUCAUUUUAUAUACCAGUUAACUGAAUUAAUGGCAUCUGUUGUUAAACAACAUGUUUUCUUUUCAAAAAGAGAACUUUAUUAUGAGUCGUAGUUUUCAAUAUUGUAAGAAUCACGAUGUGUUGUACAGCCAAAAAUGGCUGGCACUGAUUUCAAUGUCGAGACUGAGGAUGAUUGCAUAUAGCAAUUUCAGAUUUCCUUGAUGUCAUCUUUAACAUAAGAGGCUGGAAUAACGCCCAACAAAUGAUCAAUUUUCGUCGCUAUGGCCUGAUCGCCUAAGACAAGAAUCUAUGGUUGUGGUGGUCAUCACAGGUAGCUGUGACAGGAAUCCACUAUUGCUGCAUCUGGCAAUCAAUAUCAAAGCCAGGGAUGAUGGGUUUUACCCCGCAGAUGAGCUAUCAUUUGAUCGCUCAUUGCAGUGAUAACUGUCGCAGAUAGCUGCAGCAGAAUGUUCAAAAAUUGCUUAGGCUGUUCUCGGGUCAGAAGUCUUUGUCGGCUCUCUUGGUUUUCAUACUUGUCAAUCUACUAACUCUUAAACCAAAGUCUUCUUUUAAGCCUUUGAUCCUUUAACCUAGUCCCUAUGAUGGAUAAACAUAAAAUGGGUUGAUUGUGUUGGAUUGAACAUCGUGUAAUUAAGCUUCCCCUAAACAUUUUGCCUCUAUUUGUCAGUGUUUCGAAUUGUAGAAAUGUUCUGGUAUUCAAAGAUUCUGGUGUCUUCUCAACUCUUCCUUUGUACAUUGUUGCAUAUUGUUUUCAAUUCAUAUGAAUAACAUAUACAUUAUGAGACUGUGUACGCUUGUGCUGUCGAUGAUGAUUGUGGUUUAUCAUGUAUAACAAACAUAUAAAUGUAUAAAAUUUCAAAGAUUUUUAUUCCUAUUUUUCCAUUUGAACUUUUUGAAAUUUUCCAUGUAGUGGGUUAGUGUAUGAAACAUUUUGAACUUCAAGUCCUUAUAUGCUGUAUAUCUGUACGUUUUACUAUGGUCGCAUGUAUUUUAUAAAGAAAAACAAACGCGGUCUUUAUUUUUCAGUGUAGUUUAGGGAGGGGUGUAGAAUGGUCAGGAAUGGAUCAUCGGAUCAAAAUAUGGAACAUGUACACUUGAAAACCUAUGAAAUUUACCGCGAUAAUGUUGAAAUCAUCCCAUGCCAGUUUGGGGUCAACUGGUGCGGGUUCUCCCGACAUCAGGUCAUACCCUAUUCCUGAAUAGACAGCUUCCAGUUACUCCUUGGGAGAAUGAUUUAGUUCACAAGAGGACAGGACAUGUGUUAUUUUAUUGGUAAAUAACCUAGGAGUCGACCAAGAUUCAUUCAAGAAUACUCAUUUUCACGCAUCUUUUCUUUUGAGUAGAUGCUUAAUGCUCACUCUCUGCUUUAGUAUUAACUUUUGUUGAUUCUUAAUGAGUUUACCAUUCUUUUCAGUUUCACUGAAAUGUCUUCCGAUUGUUUUAAAAAUGUCUUACUCCUUCACUUUGGAGUAUUCUGGGAAUCACCUUGUAUUUGGUCAAAUACUGAAAUGUGUGGCACAAACUGAAGAAGUGAGAUUGAAACUCAGCUAUUCUGUUACAGGUGGCUUCAAAUCUAGCCUGAAGUUGUGCAGUUGGUCUAUAAUGUAUGUAGGGUCAUUCUAUUGAAUGCCUCUUCAGACUUUUAUCAUUUUAGCAAAAUAUUGCUUCUGAUUAAAUUCAAUAUAUGAGGGCAGCUUGAGAUUUGUUAUACCAGUAUCCAUGGUAAGCUGAUGAUCUGUACUGACCAUGUCUACCCCGUUUCUAAGACCUUGAGCAUAUACACUCUGCUCUGAUUAAGGUUAAGUUUGUGGUAAAGAAUGGCCUUCUCUCUUGUUUUGGUUAGUUUAUAUACUCAUAGAAUCUUGCCAUUGGAUUGUUUUAUGGUUUAGUUGACACUCUUCAGCUUUGCCUUAUGCUUUGAGGGGACUCAGUCUUGGCUUCUCCAAGUAACCAUUUGAGGUUGUCAGCAAAAGCAUUUCCUUUUCCGAAUCAUCACAUCCUUCAUUUGUCCGGUAUAGAAACGUUGAACUGGUUCAGAUCUUUUCAAAGGGUCCCCCUUUGUUUAUUUGCGUGUUAGUUGUGACGUUGUGCCAUGAACUACAAUUGCUCAUGCUGAGAUGCCUUUGGCUGUCUGGUUGUGUCGUCAUACAUGAAAUAUAUACGAACCAACAUAAAACCUAUUCAUGAGGUGCUACUCUGUAUUGUAAAGGUGUUGUCAAAUAGCAUAUUGCUGUAGUUCACAGUCUACAUUAUAAAGUGUUGAGAAACUGAAUCGGCCUAUGAUUCUGCUGUUCUAGUUUGAUGGGAACUUGGUGUUACACAAGGCUUGUCUUACUGUGAAACUCAGUGUGUAACAACACAUUUAAACAUGAAUUUAUUUUCUGUAGUGUUUUGACUGAGAAGUUAUUUGGGAA